UUUAAGCCAUCUUUUCCCCCAACCCUAGAACCUCCGUGAAGCGCGAAACCAGAGCUUAGGGUUUUCCUCUCACUCGCAGAUCUCUUCGCUCUUCGCUUCGCCUUCAGAUUUCUCAAGAUGUAUACUGCAGCGAGGAAAAUCCAGAAAGAUAAGGAUUCUGAACCCACUGAAUUUGAGGAAUCAGUUGCACAGGCAUUCUUUGAUUUGGAGAAUACCAACCCAGAAAUCAAGAGUGACUUGAAGGAUCUAUACAUAAAUUCUGCUCUUCAAGUGGAUGUCUCUGGCACCCGAAAGGCUGUUGUUAUACAUAUCCCCUACAGACUGAGAAAAGCUUUCCGCAAGAUUCAUGUUAGGCUUGUGAGAGAGCUUGAGAAGAAGUUCAGUGGGAAGGAUGUGAUCUUCAUUGCCACUCGGAGGAUAGUGAGGCCCCCAAAGAAAGGUUCUGCUGUUCAACGGCCCCGUAGCCGCACACUCACUUCUGUGCAUGAGGCAAUGCUGGAAGAUAUUGUUCUGCCUGCUGAGAUAGUUGGGAAGCGCAUUAGAUACCGUCUUGAUGGAUCCAAGAUAAUCAAGAUUUUCUUGGACCCAAAAGAACGCAACAACACUGAGUACAAGCUGGAGACCUUUGCUGCAGUUUACAGGAAGCUUUCAGGCAAAGAUGUUGUCUUUGAGUACCCGCUGACCGAGGCUUAGAUAUACUCGUUGAUUUGUCUCUGUUACAUGUCUUUUUCCCUUAACAACUGCAUUUAGUGGGCACUAUUUAAAAUUUUGAUGUUAAUGAGUUGGCUUAGGAAGCAGGAAACCGUUGUGAAGUUUCUUAUUUCUUUUUGAUCUACUUUAUGCCCCCUGGAAUUGUUUGGUUUUAUGUAGGAUUCCUAUCCUUUCAAGGAAUUUUCAUUAUUCUCGGUAUGGCAUCUUGGAGUUUGGAAAUUAUUGGUCA